AUGGUAGUUCGUGUACAUCCGAAACUGUCUCCUGCGCUUAAGGCUGUGAUAGCAGUAUCAUCACUGUUUUUUCUUGCUCUACUUUUGCUUUUACUAAGGAAAUUGGGUUAUCUUGGUGGAAAAAGAUCAUCAAAGGAAGAACUAAAAGCAACUGAAUUGUUCCCUGGAGGAGUUUACACCUUUCGUCAAAUAAAAGAUGCCACUCAGAACUUCAAUGUUGUGAACAAAUUGGGUGAAGGAGGUUUUGGACCUGUUUAUAAGGGCGUGCUCCCUGAUGGGACUUCAAUUGCAGUUAAACAGCUAUCAGGAAAAUCAAAGCAAGGAAUACGUGAGUUUGUAAAUGAAAUUGGCACGAUUUCAGCUCUGCAGCAUCCAAAUCUUGUGAAGUUAAUGGGAUGCUGUGCAGAAGACAACGAGCUCCUACUCAUUUACGAAUACAUGGAAAAUAAUUCUCUUGACCAUGCAUUAUUCGGUCCAGAGGAAAUUAGAUCGAGACUAAAUUGGUCGACGAGGGUCAAAAUUAUCCUUGGGAUAGCCAAAGGAUUAACUUAUUUGCACGAAGAGUCCAAAUUGAAGAUUAUCCACAGGGACAUUAAGCCCACAAACAUACUCUUGGACAAGGAGUUGAAUGCAAAAAUAACUGAUUUUGGAUACGCAAAGCUUAAUGAAGGGGAACAUACUCAUGUCAUCACACGAAUUGCUGGAACAACGGGAUAUAUGGCACCAGAAUAUGCAAUGCGCGGCUACUUAACAUCAAAAGCAGACGUUUACAGCUUUGGGGUUGUUACACUUGAAAUUGUGAGCGGGAGAAACAGUGCUAGUUGCAGGCCAAGUGAUCAGACAGUUUACCUUCUUGAUUCGGCCUACGUGUUGCAAGAGCAGGGAAAUUUGAUGGAUCUAGUUGAUCCAAAACUUGGAACAGAUUAUUCUUGGACAGAAGCUAAUUCCAUUCUGGAAUUAGCAAUGAUGUGCACUAAUCCAUCACCAACUCUCAGGCCAACCAUGUCUGAGGUAGUGAAAGUUAUUGAAGGAAAAACUAAAUUCAAGACCACAUCUUCAACAGUCCGGCGUUCAACAGACGAGAUUGCAUUGACAAAGGCCAUGGCUGCACUCUCUCAGCCUUCUCCAUCUGAAAGCUAUUCUACAGCAGGGCCAUCAGAAGCUACUCCUCCCUUAUCUAACAGCAACAAUAUUACCAAUGAAAUUUGAAUCCAACAUCUCCCAUUUAUGAAUAUUUCCCAGAUGAUUACUGUACUUAGACAAUGAAAAUCAAGGAGGCAAUGAUGCUUCAGCAUGAGCUUGAACUUCUUUUGUUCUUGUUUUGAAUAAGGAAACUUUUGGUCUGACAUAUCAGUAUAAGAUUUUCAUUUUAGUAACCG